UUACGCAAGACAAAGCUCACUCAGCACUUCCAGUCCGUAUAUGACCAAACACAUUUUUGGAUAUCAGAUACUGCUGAAGUCUUUGAUCAAUGAACAUGUUUUGCUCAUUGCUUCUAGUAAUUAAUCUUUGUAUAGUGGGCACCAUAUCUCAAACAGUAGUAAGAGGGGUAGUGGGCCAGGAAAUCACUUUGCCAUGCUCCUACAGUGUCCGAGGUGGCACAACUCACAUGUGCUGGGGCCAAGGUAGCUGUCCAAACUCUAAAUGCAGCAAUGAAAUUCUUCGCACGGACGGAAGGAGGGUGACAUCAAGAACUUCAAGCAGAUACCAGCUAAGAGGAUGGAUUACAAGAGGAGAUGUAUCUCUGACAAUUGUAAAUCUGAAAGAAGGAGAUAAAGGAAUGUACUGCUGUCGUAUUGAGGUCCCUGGGUGGUUUAAUGACUUGAAAAAGACCUUGAAUCUACAGGUUGGCAGAGCAACUACCACAACCUCUCAAACAACUACAACAACUAAAUCUCAUCCAGUUCCUAUCACAACCACCUCAGUUCCUCCAAUGACUACGGCGAGUCCUCCAACUGCUUUUCUCUUAACAGCUCCUUCAGCAGUUCCUCCUGUUCCCCCAUUAACCACUAAUGUUCCACCAAUGUCUACAUCUUCUAUGAAAGAAGCCACUGAGGUUUUGACCAGUGACCCUCCAUUCGUCAACAUCAACCCUUCAAAGCCUAAUCUUCAGACAGUGUUUGGAUAUAACUAUAAUUUUCUCACCACAGAAUCAGAGAUUGCCACUUCUACUGCAGUGACUACAUCUCCUCCAUGGACACUGCUGACCCACAAGAACACUGAAAAUAUUGAAAACCAGCCCACCUCAGUGCCAAUCACAACUUAUCCUGCAGCUAUAACCAACAUGUCUCAUACAGCUGCCAUGCUGUCUGCUAUGACUCCCCUAACGACAACAGUUACCAUUCCAAUAACUUAUCCUUUUAUCUCACCAACUACUUCCUCUUCCCCAACAGUCUCUGCUGUUGCACUGCCAAUCACUAAUGUUUCAUCAAUGACCACAUCUUCUGCAUCAACAGCUGUUGCUCUUCUGACAUCUUCUCCUCUGUUAGUUAACACCAAGUCUUUGUCAACUAGUCCUCAGCAUGAAUGCAUUGAACAUGACAGUUCACUUACUCCAGAGGCUGUUGCUUCUUCUACAGGGAUGGCACAAGUCUGGAAGAUCCUUUCACAUAACCAUGCUGCAGUUUCUUGUGCUGUAGUAGUUCUUGUCCUACUCCUGGUUGUACUGUUAUUGAUAGUGAAAAGAAAAAAUAUAACACUAUAUCAGUGCAACAAAGCAAAAAGCGUAAAUGAAGUGGAAGAACCUGAAAAGAUGCUUAUUGGAAUGGAAGGAGAUAAUGGAAUUUUUGCUCUGUAAAACAUCUCAGUUCUUGUUUUUAGCCUUGCUGUGUUGGCUUUGGAAAGGGACAUUUCAAAGCAACAUUCUUGAAUGAUAAACUUGGAUAUAACAGGCAGAACUGCUUUUGCUGGGCUUCUACCUGCCCGUUAAUCUGCCCCUCCCCAGCACCACUACUCUUUUACUGAACUGUCUUCUCUGCUUCCAUUUUAAUAUUGCAAGGUCUCAAGGCAAAGGCUGGGUGGCAUCCAGUGACAACCAUCAGAUAGCAGAGCUUAAAGAACAGGACUUUCCUGAUUGCCUAUCCCAUUGUCUGGAUCCUCUUUGAGUCAUGCCUGUUCAAAACAUUACCCCUAGGAUUCAGCCACCCCAUCCCCCAACUACAUUGCUUUCCCUCCUCUAUGGUAGUGUCCUUCUGCAAGCAGAAAAUGACAGUAAGAUGCAACCACAUGAAAUGUUUGUGUUCUAUACUGAGCAUGCUGUAGGCACACACAUGCACAAAAACUCUGUAAACAAUUAUAGUAUAUACUAUUAUUAGGUACAGUUGUAAUAAAAGCAAUAGCAGCAGUAGUACCAGCAAUGUUAAUUAAAACCAACUUAGAUACACACACACACACACACACACACACAUAUAUAUAUAAUGGGUAUUUUCUAUUUCAGCAAUUACUAAUGUUACAAGGUAAAGCCAUCAUUGUUUACUUCAAAUUCAUCUUUAGUUGUCCAAUUAUUUUUUUUAACCUAGAUUAUGCAAAUCCUGGGCCAGCUAAUCAAUUUUAAGAACACCAGUAUUUAAAACAGAAUACAUUGAUCAGUGCUCAUAUGCUCAUCAGUAAGUCAAAUGAAUUAACAAUUUCAGCAUAGGUUGAUGAAGGAAAUAUUUUUAGGUGAUUGGCAAUAUUUGCUUUUUAAAUAUUUUGAUUCUUUCUUCUCAAUUGUGUUGCACCCACAUAUUAUGAGCCACUGAGAAACUGUAUUCCUAAAGCUCUUGCAAGCUCAUUGCCAUUUCCUCUAGUAUAUUCAGCCAUUUUAUUUGGUACAUAUCUAAGAAACCAUUGCUUGAAAAUCUCACUGGAAAUCUCACUGGAUACUAAAUUUCCCUGGUAAUAUUCAUCUUAGUUCUCAUUUGUAAAAAUUCAUACUUGUGUAUUAAUAGCCUUCUAAUCAUACCAUACAUUGAUAUUCUUUAACUAGUUUUUGCCUUUUAAUAAUGAGCUCCAGUUCUGACCUAAGAUCAGGAGCAACGUUCAUGCUUAGUGAUGUUAAUACAAUAAAAUUAUAUCAAUAUG